AUGCGGAUUCGAGCUAAUCCAUACAAACUCGUUAUGGAUACAGAUACAAUGACAGGCGUCAAGACGACGAAAGCCGUGGAAAACGUCGAAAGCUUGGAAAUCAACGAAACGAAUGAUCUGAACGAAACCAGUGCGUCGGUCCUCUCGAAGCCCGUCGAAGACGGACCUCUCGGCACCGAGACACCGCCUACCGAACAAAGAACACACAGGAAACUGGCCAACAGACAUGUACAGCUCAUAGGGAUUUCGGGAGUGAUUGGCACCGCGCUGUUCGUCAGUAUCGGUAGGGCGCUGUAUCACGGUGGACCUGUGUUUUUGUUGGUGGGUAUGGCACUGUGGUGUCUCCCGAUCCUUUGCAUCACUGUGUCUACCGCAGAGAUGGUGUGUUACCUGCCUGUAAGUUCUCCGUUUCUAAGACUUGCGUCGCGAUGCGUCGGAGAUUCUUUCGCUGUAAUGGCCAGCUGGAACUUCUGGUUUCUCGAGUGCGUGCAGAUCCCGUACGAAAUCGUCGGCGUCAACACCAUCAUUCACUACUGGCGUGAGGAUUACUCUGCGGCGAUUCCGCUCGUGGUUCAAGUAGUGCUGUACCUGGCGAUUAGUGUGUUCGCGGUCCGCUACUACGGAGAGACCGAAUUCUGGCUCGCAAGUUUUAAAAUCGUGCUUGCUGCAGGGCUCUUUGUCUUUACUUUUGUCGUGAUGGUCGGUGGAAACCCAGGCCACGAUGUUAUUGGAUUCAGAUACUUUGGCGAGGCUCCGGUGAAAAAAUAUUUCCCCACGGGCGUCGCAGGCUCGAGUGCCGCGGGCUAUUUCCAAGGUUUCCUAGCAUGUUUGAUCCAGGCCAGUUUCACGAUCGCAGGGCCGGACUACGUUUCGAUGAUAGCAGGAGAAACGCGAGUUCCACGCAAAGUGUUGCCCGUUGCGUUCAAACAAGUGUUUGUGAGGCUGACGAUCUUGUUUCUGGGCAGUUCACUGUGUGUGGGCAUCGUAUGCAGCGCGAACGACCCCAACUUGACCGCUGCGAUUAACGAGGCGCGACCCGGCGCGGGCGCGUCUCCGUAUGUGAUCGCCAUGAACAAUCUGGGCAUCAAAGUCUUGCCGAACAUUGUAAACGUCGCACUGAUUACUGCGGCGUUCUCUGCUGGAAACGCUUAUUCCUAUUGUUCCUCGCGCUCGCUCUACGGCAUGGCUUUGGACGGGUACGCGCCGCGCAUUUUUAAGGUCUGUACGAAACAGGGCGUGCCAAUUUACGCGGUGGGAGCGUCGUUGUGCUGGGCACUCUUGAGCCUGCUACAGCUCAAUGCGAACAGUGCCGUGGUAUUGAACUGGCUCGUGAAUCUCAUUACCGCGUCGCAGCUCAUCAAUUUUGCCGUUUUGUGCAUUACGUAUCUGUAUUUCAGACGCGCGUAUCUUGCACAGCGCAUAUCGCUGCCACCUCUGCCGUUCAAAUCCUGGGGACAGCCUUACACGGCCAUUUUUGGCCUUGUCUGUGUCUGCGUCAUGACCGUUGUCCAGGGCUACAGUGUUUUUUACAAAGGGCUGUGGAACUACAGAGAUUUCUUGUUCUGCUACCUGAUGGUGUUCAUUGAUCUGGGUCUCUACAUCGUGCACAGGAUGUUGACAAUGCGCAAACGUCGCAAGAGACAGCCGCAUGAAGUCGACCUUUUGAGCGGUCUUGUCGAAAUCGAAACGCACGAAUUACAAGACGGGUUCACCAACUUUCGCCAUUGGGCAUGA